CACGUUUGCUCCGUCACUAUGGCUGCAAGAGACGCGAGAUGAAAUAACAUUCCCAUUUUAUAAAAGUGAACAAACUCUUCAUUUGAUCAAAAAUGGCAAAAAUGUAUCAUAAAGAGAAAAGCAUUCAGAUAAAGAGUAGCGCUUCCGCGCUGUACAACAACCUGAGCGUCCUGCGCAUCGCGCCGCGUUGCCUCACCUAUUUCACCGUGGUCCACGCCAACGUGGUAAAUAUGGUCAGCGCCUCCUGGGACGGCCUGAACUAUUCCCAUCGACAACUGCAGUCCAAAGAGGGAAACGUGGCCACCAGUUCCUCACUGAUCAUGCAGGCAGCCUGGUGUGUCCUGCCCUCAAGAGAUCUCCUUGUUCUCACUUCUCAGAAAGGAAUACAGAUGUACGAAUCAGAUGGAUCCAUUAUGGUGUAUUGGCAUGCACUAGACACGCCAGAGACCCCCACAGCUAAGGCAGUGUUUGCCAGAGGGAUUGCAGCAGUACGAGAAAAAUACAUUUGUGUUGGGAUCUCAUCUGGCGCAGUGUUGGUGUUUGAUGUUCCCAGCAAAGGCAGCAACAUCACCCUGUCUGAGGUUCUGGAGGAACACAAAGAACCCAUCACAGACAUGGCCUCUGAGUGUUCAGGCAGUCUGGAGUGCAUUGCUGAUUUAGUUAGUGCUGAUGACUCCGGCCUCCUCUGUGUAUGGAAAUCAGGAGAUGAUUUUCAAUUGCUCCACAAGAUCCCUGGUUUUGACACAAGUUGUUCUUCAGUGAAGCUGUGGAAGGGCACAGUCAUUGCAGGAUAUGGGACCGGACAGAUCCGUCUAUAUGAGGCGGUCACAGGUAUACUACAUGCAGAGGUCAAUGCCCAUGCACGCUGGAUCUACUCUCUGGACAUUGCCCCUUUCACAGGCCUUUUGCUCUCUGCAGCAGAAGACUCUUGGGUGAGAGUGUGGCACCUGAGCUUGACCCCAGAGACUAACAGUGUAGAGAUUGAGCACAUGUAUAACGAGUGUGUGACUGAUACUCAGAUCUGUGGCGCCAAGUUCUGUGACGGGGAUGGCUAUGCCUUUGCAGUGACUGGCUACGACUUGAGUGAGAUCAUCCGCUACACACAAGCAUAGACGGCAUACAAUAUACACUUCUGAGACAUUCCCGUUGGGAACACUUUUGGUGUAGUACUUGUGUAUGUUUCCCUGAUCAUGUGAGGGUCACCUGCAGUCAACUGUGGCAUAUUCCACAUGUGGACAGUUACAUCUUGACAAUAUAUUGGUGUAUAACUUAUCAGUGUGCAAUCAUGACAACAGAGUCAGACUGGAAUGAAGUUCAUAUUAUAAUUAUUUUCUAAUUGGGUAAGGCACUAACUGAAAUACGCUAAAAUGCACAGGUGAUAUGUAGUAUGUCUACCUGACUACCUGUUGUACUAAGUAAAAAAAUACACUUCUCGUCCUCUGAGGUUUUAGAGUAAAAUGUUUAACGUAUUGAUAUCAGGAAAACACAUAGAUUCCCUCCAAACAUGGGUACAAAGUGUCAGUAUGAAUAUAUUUUGGAGGAUCAUUUUCUUUUGUAAUUUUGUUGCUCGCAGAAUUUUCUGUGACAUUUGUCACAAUUACAGAAUGUCAGAUAUUAAAAUAUACGCUUUAGCAAAUGUGUUGUAAGUUUAGUACAUUUAUUUAUCUGAGUGGUAUUGAACAAUGGACUGUAACUCUAUGCUGCUUUAUAGGCAAACAGCACGCAUUCUCAUUUGUGAUUGAACAUGUUAUCUAUUAAAAUAGUUUGAUAAGUAUUUAUUUAAUAUGAAUGUUAUAAAUAUUAAAAACUGCAGAGGCUAUUUUUUCCAAAGGGAAUUUAAAUGUUCUUAUUGCCUUAGAAACAAACACAUUGUAUAUUCAUAUCUC